AUGCCCUCAAUACCUUCCAAGGCCAUCACAUGGCUCUUUUCCAUACUCUUGGUGAACGUGGCAUCAGCAGCCCUCAACGCCGCGGAUUACUAUGUCCACUCAUUACCGGGUGCUCCGGAUGGGCCCUUUCUGAAGAUGCACGCAGGACACAUCGAAGUGAACCCCGAAACCAACGGAAAUCUGUUCUUCUGGCAUUUCCAGAACCGACACAUCGCCAACCGACAACGGACCGUGAUCUGGCUGAAUGGCGGCCCCGGAUGCAGCUCGAUGGACGGUGCCUUGAUGGAAGUUGGUCCUUAUCGUCUCAAGAACGACCAUGAACUGGAAUACAACCCUGGCCGCUGGGAUGAGUUUGCGAAUAUGUUGUUUGUCGAUAAUCCGGUCGGGACGGGCUUCAGCUAUGUGAGCACGGAUAGCUAUCUCCACGAGCUGGACGAGAUGGCUGCUCAAUUCAUCGUCUUCAUGGAGAAGUUCUUUGAGAUGCUCCCCGAAUUCGAGCUCGACGAUCUCUAUUUCGCGGGUGAAUCAUACGCCGGUCAAUAUAUUCCGUACAUCGCAAAGGCCAUCCAGGAGCGCAACAAGGCGGUCGCAGCGGAUGGAGGCCGCCAAUGGCCUCUGAAGGGUUUGCUCAUUGGCAACGGGUGGAUCUCUCCUGCGGAUCAGUAUCCCUCGACAAUGACUUUCCUCGAGAGAGAAGGUCUCACCAAGGAAGGGACGCCCCUCCACCGUAACCUGAACGCUCUCAACGAGGUCUGCCUGUCUAAGCUGGAAACGCCUGGCGGGAAGAACAAGAUCAACCUGUCUUCAUGCGACUUUGUCCUCCAAUCAUACCUCCAACUGACCAUCGAAGACAAGAAGUGUCUGAACCAGUACGAUAUCCGCUUGAAGGAAGACCUUUCUUGCGGCAUGAGCUGGCCUCCCGAUCUGAAGGAUAUCGAGCCAUAUCUCGGCCGAGCAGAUGUCAUCAAAGCCUUGAACAUCAACCCGGCCAAGAAGACGGCAUGGGAGGAAUGCAACGGAAGGACCGGACAGGCUUUCUCAGCCGAGAAAUCCGUCCCAUCUGUCAAGCUUCUCCCCGAACUCAUCGAGUCGGGUAUCAACAUCCUCCUGUUCAGCGGUGACAAGGACCUCAUCUGCAACCAUAUCGGUACAGAAACCCUCAUCCACAACAUGAAGUGGAAAGGCGGCACCGGCUUCGAGACAAGCCCCGGUGUUUGGGCCCCGCGCCACGACUGGUCUUUCGAAGGCGAGCCCGCUGGUAUCUACCAAUACGCUCGAAACUUGACUUACGUCCUCUUCUACAACUCCAGCCACAUGGUUCCAUUCGACAUGCCGCGCCAGAGUCGCGAUAUGCUCGAUCGCUUUAUGAAGGUCGAUAUCGGUAGUAUCGGUGGUAAGCCCACGGAUUCCCGUAUCGACGGCGAAAAGCUUCCUCAGACUUCGGUUGGCGGACAGGCGAAUAGUACGGCUGCGGAGAAGCAUGAGAAGGAGAAGCUUAAGGCGACGGAGAUGCACGCAUAUACGAAGUCUGGCGAAGCCAUUCUCGUCAUUGUCAUUAUCGGUGUUACUAUCUGGGGCUUCUUUAUUUGGCGCAGUCGGCGCGCGAACAAGGGGUAUCGCGGUGUCAAGGAUGAUGUUGCUGAUAGUUCGCUCUUGAACCGGUUUGCUAAACGCUCUGGAAGAGAUGUCGAGGCCAAUGACUUUGAUGAGUCUGAGCUUGAUAAUCUCCAUUCUCCCGAUGUUGAUCAUUACGCUGUUGGAGAUGAUGCUAGCGAUGAUGAACACGAGCACGGACAUGAGCGCGGUACUAGGUGA